UUUCCCGGGGAGAGAGAGAGAGAGAGAAGAGAGAACCCACCGGUGAAUCUGAAAAUCACUGUCACGUCCUCUCUCUCCUCCGUCAUCGAUCUCCGUUAUUGUGACUGAAAAAUCGAAUUUUGAAUUUUCUUUUUUUUCUUUUCUUAGGGAAAUAAAAUAAAAAGGAGGAUAAUUUAGUGGUGGGUUUAUCGAGAAAGAGAGAGAGAGAGAGAAUGAGUUUUCAAGAUUUAGAGGCGGGAAGAGGAAGAUCAUUAGCUUCUUCAAGGAACAACAUCAAUGGUGGUCGACAAGAUACGACUCAAGCUGUUGCGGCUGGGAUAUUUCAGAUCACUACAAGCGUCUCUUCUUUCCAACGUCUUGUCAACACACUUGGUACUCCUAAAGACACGCCGGAGUUUCGUGAGAAGCUGCAUAAGACAAGAUUACUUCUCGGACAGCUAGUGAAUGAUACAUCAGCUAAACUUAAAGAAGCUAGUGAAACUGAUCAUCAGAGAGGUGUCAAUCAAAAGAAGAAGAUUGUGGAUGCUAAGCUUGCAAAGGACUUUCAAGAUAUAUUGAAAGAGUUUCUAAAGGCUCAGCGUCUCGCAGCUGAAAGAGAAACUGUAUAUGCUCCUCUUGUCCACAAGCCAUCUCUUCCUUCAAGCUAUACAACCAGUGAGACAGAUGUUAAUGUAGAUGAGCAUCCUGAGCAGCGUGCGCUUCUUGUGGAAUCAAAAAGACAAGAACUUGUACUACUGGACAAUGAGAUUGCGUUUAAUGAGGCUAUUAUUGAGGAAAGAGAGCAAGGGAUUCAAGAAAUCCAGCAGCGUAUUGGCGACGUGCACGAAAUUUUCAAAGACUUGGCAGUGUUGGUAAACGAUCAAGGCAUCAUGAUCGAUAAUGUCGAUACUCAUUUCGAUAACUCCCAUGCUGCAACUGCCCAAGGAAGAUCCCAUCUCGUUACAGCCUCCAAGACACAACGGUCAAAUUCUUCUCUGGUAAAAUAUUUCAAACUACUUCUUCUUUCUUCUUUCUUCUUUCAUGCAGACUUGCUUGCUCUUGGUAAUUUUUGGUAUCGUGCUCCUGAUUGUCAUUAUAGUGCUCGCGGUUUGAUUUUUCACAACUCACUAAAGCAUGGACAAGCGCAUGUUGUCACUUCAUGGCUCUUUUUGUUCCUACAAUUGGUCUUUUAUCUCCUAUCGAGUAUAUAGAUUAGUUUGGUUUGCUUUUGGUAUCAGUUCGAUUUGAACUUGUCUGAGUGUUGAUUCUGUAAGAAAGUGCUGUUGCUUUCUCUGUGUGAUACAUUUUGUUGGAGUACCAGAUUGAAUGACGACAGAAAAAUCCUCUGUUUUUGUAUUUUUAAAAGUGAAAAUCCUGAUUUCCAUUAGUUAA